AUGAGAUCAAGCCACUCCCUGGACACAUUCCCAUGUCAACAAUACAUCACAUCCGGCCAGACCCUACAUUCUCUUGGAUCUGAUAGAAACACUUGUACUUGGGUCUGUUAUUUCUUCUUCUCUGCUCAGGAGCAGUGGGUUUAGAAGGAGCUGACAGAAGGACUGCUACCAUGGCUGAUGGAGAGGGAUCCACCUGUCUUAUGGUCAUUCUCAUCCUGGGGAAUAUUUUUGGAGCUGCAGCAGGUCUUGCCCUUUGCGCUCUGGCCAUCUGGGUUGCAGUAGAUGGAUACAAUCUCUACCCUAUAUCUGAUGUGUCGGGGAAAGAUGACAUCUUUGCUGGGGCCUGGAUUGCCAUUUUCACAGGCUUUGCCUUCUUCUGCAUGUGUGUCUUUGGUAUCUUGGCUGCUGCAAAGAAGAGCCGUGCCUUAAUGCUAACAUAUCUGAUCUUGAUGUUGAUCAUCUACAUAUUUGAGUGUGCCUCAUGUAUCACUGCAGUCACCCACAGAGACUAUCUGGUUGGAAACAGUAAUCUGGUGAAGAAGCAGAUGCUGAAGUACUAUACAGCCGACGGUGACUCUGGCAGUCGGAUCACACUGACAUGGAACAAAGUGAUGAGAGAGGUGGGGUGUUGUGGAACAGACAGCCCAGUGGACUGGAUAGAGUACAACUCCACCUUCAGGGGGAAGUUUGGUACAGACUACCCCUGGCCCAUCCACUGCUGCAAGAGGAAGAACAACUACGAGGUGGUGAAUGUGGAGGCCUGCAAGAUCGGCCAGAACACCACCAUGUUCACUCAGGGCUGCUUCAACCACAUUGAGUCUGUGUUCAGUCGAUAUACAUGGGCUAUCAGCUGGUAUGGUUUCGCUGUGCUAAUGUUUGUGUUCUGGCUGUUGAUCCUGGCCAUGGUGUACUACCUGAAGCUAUGAGAAGUCUGGAGGUGAUGUCUCUAACACAUGUUUUUGACUUUCUGCUGAAGCCACACCAACCCUCAAUUCAGCAACUACCUCCAUUCUUAAAUAACAAAUGAUUGUGGUAAUGAUGACAGAAAAGUAUUUCUGAUAUAUAGAGAAUGAACACUGUGUAGGGAUUUUCCAUGUUUUUAGGUAAAUGGUCUCGAAUUUGUAUAUUUUAUUUAUGUUAACUUUCUUAAUGGUUUAUUGCGCUGUAAAUGCUAGAUGACAAAUGGUGAUUGGUCCGAGAACUUCACUGUCCUAACUGCUUUGGUAAUGGGAUAGAUAUAUAGUUCUUAUCAUAGAAUGUAAGAGAAAAUGAUUCACAUGACUGUUGUACAUUUCAGAUUUGUAUACCCUGUUCCAUUUCUUGUUGAAUUGUGUUAUAUUAUUAACAGAGAUCAAAGUUCAGGGAUUCUUGAAAGUCAGGACAAUCCUUGUCUGGGAAGGGAAACUUAAUUGUUAUUGUUUUUAUUUUUCCAUUAUUUGAGUUUAAAAUUAAAAUGUAGGGAUAAUUUUUGGGGGGUAAUUUUCAAAAUAUUUUCUAUAUUAUUCAUUUCCAUGUUUGACUCUGUGUCAGGAAAUGCCCUUGUCCAAAGCAAACGCCCCAAAAAAGUGUCCAAAAAAAAGUAGGGCAAAAAUAAAAUAAGGAUCUCAUGUAGUU